AUGGGAGGUCGCGGGAGGUCACGAACUCAAAGAAAGCACUUUCGUGACAACAGAGAAAACGUUUGGAAGCGUUCCAAACCCGAUCCAGAUUCUUCCUUAUCCUCAGAUAAAACUCAAACUACUCAUUGGGCUCCUUUCGCUACUCAGAACCCUUCCUUCGAUUCAUAUUACAAGGAACAGUUAAUAGUGGAUCCACAAGAAUGGGACAAAUUCAUCACAGUUCUCAGAACACCUUUGCCUGCAUCGUUUAGAAUCAAUGCUAGUAGUCAAUUUGCUGAUGAUAUUCGUUCUCAAUUGGAGAAUGAUUUCGUGCAUUCUCUUCGAGCCGAGGUUGCCGAAGGGGGUGAGACAGAGGCUAUUCGGCCACUGCUUUGGUAUCCAGGGAACUUUGCUUGGCAUUCAAAUUUUUCACGGAUGCAGCUUAGGAAGAAUCAAACACUAGAAAGGUUCCACGAAUUCUUAAAGCUAGAAAAUGAAAUUGGAAAUAUCACAAGACAGGAAGCUGUCAGUAUGGUUCCUCCCCUAUUCUUGGAUGUGCAUUCAGACCAUUUUGUACUUGAUAUGUGUGCUGCACCAGGUUCAAAAACAUUCCAAUUGCUCGAGAUUAUACACCAAUCAACAAAAGCAGGGUCACUACCUGCCGGAAUGGUUAUAGCAAAUGAUCUUGAUGUCAAAAGAUGUAAUCUUCUCAUCCACCAAACCAAAAGAAUGUGCACGGCCAACCUAAUUGUUACUAAUCACGAAGCACAGCAUUUCCCUGGAUGCCGUUUAAAAGGGAAUCAUAAAAAAUAUGAGUUAGAUCACAAUAUUCACCAACUGUUAUUUGAUCGUGUUUUGUGUGAUGUCCCGUGUAGUGGAGAUGGUACACUUCGUAAGGCACCUGAUAUGUGGAGGAAAUGGAAUUCAGGGAUGGGACAAGCGCUUCAUAGCCUACAAAUUUUAAUUGCUAUGCGAGGUUUAUCUUUACUCAAAAUUGGUGGAAGAAUGGUUUACUCUACGUGCUCAAUGAAUCCUAUUGAAAAUGAAGCUGUGGUUGCAGAGGUUUUGCGGAGGUGUGGUGAGUCUGUCAAACUUCUUGACGUGUCUAGUGAGCUUCCACAACUAAUUCGUCGGCCAGGUCUCAAGAGUUGGAAGGUAUAUGACAAGAGCAGUUGGUUGGUCUCUUACAGUGAUGUUCCCAAGUUUCGUAGAAGUGUAAUUUUUCCCAGUAUGUUUCCUUCUGGCAAAGGAAACCAGGAUCUUGAUAAUGGUAAUUGUAAUGUUGACAUGGAAGAUGACAUUACUAGUGUAGAAAAUGGAAAAACGGAAGAUGGUAUUGAAGCACUAGAGAAUCCUGUGACAUCCGAGUCUGCUGAUGAAGUUUCGGUUUUUCCUCUAGAGCAUUGCAUGAGGAUAUUGCCUCAUGAUCAGAACACUGGGGCCUUCUUUAUUGCUGUGCUGCAGAAAGUUUCUCCUCUGCCAGCUGUUACGGAAAAACCUAGCAAACAAAUUGAUGAACAAAAUGUAGAACUAUCAAACCAGAGUCUUGAGAAUGCACAAGCACCACAGAUCAAUUCAUCUGACAGUACAAUUGAAGAAGUCGUCAAAGCAGUUCCAGAGGAAAAUAUGAUUGACAAUAUAUCCAAUACAGAAGAUUUGGAAGUUAGUCCUCUUACACGAGAAGAACAGAACUCUGAGGAAACUGAAGUGCCACAUAAUGCACAGGACAUGGCAAAGAAGGCUCCAGGCAAACGAAAGCUACAACUUCAAGGACAAUGGAGAGGUGUUGACCCUGUUGUCUUUUUUAAAGAUGAGACAAUUAUUAAUAGUAUAAGGGACUUUUAUGGGAUUGAUGAGCGUUUUCCAUUCAAUGGCCACCUUAUUACACGAAACAGUGAUACAAGUCACGUGAAAAGAAUUUACUAUGUCUCUAAGUUUGUCAAGGAUAUUCUUGAGUUGAACUUCUCAGCCGGGCAGCAACUGAAAAUAACAUCAGUUGGCAUGAAGAUGUUUGAAAGACAAACAGCACGAGAAGGUACCGAUGCACCAUGUGCUUUCAGGAUAUCAUCUGAAGGAUUGCCCCUUAUUCUCCCAUACAUAACAAAGCAAAUUAUACAGGCUUCUCCUGUGGACUUCAAGCAUCUUCUGCAGGACAAAGAUGUAAAAUUUACAGAUUUUGCUGAUGCCGAGUUUGGUAAAAGGGCAGAAAAUCUAUUGCCAGGCUGUUGCGUGAUAGUUCUGGGUAAAGAGAACAUGGUUGCUGCUACAGAGUCCCUCAAAGUUGACGAGUCAACAAUAGCCAUAGGAUGCUGGAGGGGUAGGGCAAGGUUGUCAGUGAUGGUUACUGCAAUGGACUGCCAAGAAUUGCUUGAAAGGCUUUUAAUACGUCUAGACACAGAAAAGGGAUCUUCUGGGCAUGUGGGCAAAUCCUCGAACGAUGGGCAUGUGGGCAAAUCCUCGAACGAUGUGGGAGGUGAAGCCUGUACAGAAGUUGAACAAUAA